CAGCGCCGUUGGGACGCCCUGCGACCCUCCAGAGUCGUAAACAUGUGCGGGCGAUUUUCGCUGGGCGUUCCCCACGACGAGAUCGAACAGCUACACGGAUACAACGUCCAUGUCGGUGAAUGGGUUGGCCGCGCCAACUUCGUCCCCAGGCAUAACGUUGCACCUCGCUCACAAGCCCCUGUGAUCCGCCGACGGGAUGAUGAAGGGAGCUCAGGCCCCGCAGCAGGACCCUCGCGCUCCCAAGGCCAAUCCGCCGAGGACGAUACUACCACAAAACCCCAUAUGUUGGAGACGAAUGCGUCUGCCUCGCCGUCACCUACGCAAGCAUCUCAUGCCCAACGAGAGGCUGGGGCCACGUCCUCGCAACCAGACGACGCUAUGAUCCUGCACACGAUGAAAUGGGGACUCGUCCCGCACUUCAACAAACACGAGGACAAGUCGCUUAACACGAUCAACGCGCGGAGCGAGGCGCUUGUCGAAGGCCAUAGCGGUAUGUGGGCGAGCAUCAAGGGGAAGAAACGCUGCGCUGUGGUCUGCGAAGGGUACUACGAAUGGCUGAAGAAGGGCAAGGAGCGGUUACCCCACUUCACGAAGCAUAAGGACGGUAGACUUAUGCUCCUCGCCGGGCUCUGGGACUGUGCCGUGCUCGAAGGCAGUACGGAACCGCUGUGGACGUUCACUAUCGUCACAACGGACGCGUGUAAGGAGUUUAGUUGGUUGCACGAUCGCCAGCCGGUCAUCCUUCCCGACGAGGCCGCGCUCGCUACAUGGCUCGACACAUCCCCCGGGAAGUGGACCCCGGAGCUGACGAAACUCUGCGAGCCGUACCACUCGUCUGCGGAUCAUCCUCUCGUGUGCUACCAGGUGCCAAAGGAAGUCGGCAAGAUAGGCACCGAGUCGCCUACAUUCAUACAACCAGUCCAAGACCGCAAGGACGGCAUCCAGGCCAUGUUUGCCAAGCAGCAGAAGCAACAAUCCCAACCCACGGCGUCGAGUACGGAUCCCACGCCCGCCAGACGCCAGAAGCGCAGCGCAUCCCCUGCAGACCUCAAAUCGACCGCCACAGCAGGCGGGAGUGUAACGAAGAAGCCGAAGGUGGAGAAACUGAAUACGUGGGAAGAUGAUUCGGAUAUCGAGUACGUCGACGAUCCACCAACAGCUGGGCAUGGUAGGACCGAUGUCGAGGACCACAAGCAAUCCGCAACGUCCUCCUCAACACGAGGCAAUAAUCAUCCUGCGAAGGAUGCUCAUAGCGAGCCUACUCCGCCCAAGGUACGCAACGCGGGGUUCAACAAAACGCCGAAGCCAUCAACACCACGUAAAUCCAAAACCGCUCAGCAGACAGACUCU